AUGCGCAAGCGAGCUCGCCGUCCGACCAACAGAUAUUUUGGUACUCACACUGCUAAGGGUGACGAAGUUGAGGACGAGGACGACGACGAGGAUUACGAAGACGCGGUCAGGGAUAGGGAUGAGGAUGAGGAUUGCAUAAUGAGCUCAGACAUGUCUGAAGACGAGGGCGACUACGACGAUAUCAAGAUCAGCGAGGAUGACAUGACUGAUGCCUUUGACUCAUAUGCACUCCAACAGGAGCUAGAGCAGGAGUGGGGAGAAGAAGGCCAAACAGGCAUGGACAUCGACGACGAUGAUCCUUUAGCGCCUCCCAAGUCCAGUUGCGGACCGCCGACGCCUGGUCUGGCCUUUACACUCGCGCACCGCACGCGCUCUUGGACCGAGGAGGCUCUAUAA